UUAAGAAGGCACGAUUGAAAGAGAUGGCAAGCGAUUCCGUCCGCCUUCGGGACCUCGCGUCUCUUGUGGACCGCAAAAUAAAAUCCCUCAUCAACAAUGACCUAAAGGAAAUUUGUCGUCAAGAGGGUCUGCAGGUGUCUGGCGUGAAGGCCGCUCUGCAGAAGCGCAUCUCUGAAGGUAGCGAUUCCACGAAAGCACUCGAGCGAUUGCGCUACCGAGCCGAGCACCAAGGUCGCACUCCUCCAGCGCAAAGUCAUCAGCCUUCGCUGGCCCGCGACACCAUCACUCCCAUUUCUCCAGCUCCGCAUACUACUGCCGGCAUGCCUGCCUAUUCAAGGCCCGCUGGCUUGUCUCAAUACCACCAGGCCCAGCCAGCGCGCACAGCCGCUCCCUCUCGUGCCUCGGUCAAGUUCAAAGAGAGUCCCUUCUAUCAGAUCAAAGAAGCACUCGCACCUACCAAAGAAUUGUCAGAAAUGCCACACAAUCGUCAUACGCUAGACGAGAAGGUCUUCCUCAGUGAACCUAUCUGUACAUCUCUCAAAGCCGACUCUUCUCUGCGCGUCAUGCUCUAUUGCGCCACUACCUCGACUCUGGGUCCUUACGCUUUCAACGUUGACAUAGCCUUCCCGAGUCAGAUUGAGGUCAAGGUCAACGGAGACGAAGUGCGCAAAAGCUUCAAGGGCUUGAAGAAUAAGCCUGGUACCACCAAACCUGUCGACAUCACCGAUCUCAUCCGCAAGAUUCCCAAUUAUCAGAAUGUCAUCCAAGUGACUUAUGCGCUCACGAAGGAAUUGACAUCUGCAAGCGACCUCGCAACCCGACUCAAGCAAACGGGAAGCAGGAUUCCUCGAGAUACUGUGCUUCGAGAAAUGGCGGCCAAAGCACAAGACCCAGAUAUCGUCACCACUUCUACCGUCAUGUCACUCAAGGAUCCUAUCUCAACCAUGCGCAUCAACAUUCCUUGCAGAUCCAAUGUCUGCUCGCACAACCAGUGCUUCGAUGGUUCAUUCUUCUUGCAGCUCCAGGAACAGGCACCAACUUGGACCUGUCCCGUCUGCAACAAGACCCUCUCUUACCAGAGCCUCUGUGUCGACAACUAUGUACAAGACAUUCUACAGAACACUUCUAGCUCCGUAGAUCAAGUCACGAUCGAGCCUGAUGGACAGUGGAAAGCAGUCGACCAUGGAGACGAUGCCAACAGCCGCCAAAAGUAUCAGGUACGGGCAGCUUAUGACAAUGACAGUGACGACGACAUUAUCGAGAUCCAAGACACCCCCAAGAAGUCUGAGAUCGUUGGAAAGAUCAAGACCGAGAACAACUCGGCCACUCCGGCCCUUGCACAACAAACACCACCGGUUUCACGUGAAGCAUCGACAGUCGCACCUCGACCCAGCGCCAAGCGCCCUUCCGCGGCAGUCAUCGACUUGACCCUAUCGGACGAUGAGGAUGAACCCCCACGGCCAGCUAAACGCACCAACACGAGUCAGAACACUUCCUUCAAUACUCCGGCGAGUCUACAAGACGGCAGGUUUGCUGACUUGGCCAACAGACCGUCUAACGUAGUAGGAUCUGGCUUACCACCAAUGAAUCCUGGCGAGACUCUUGCACUACCUCCGAUCAAAGCACCCCAACCGAAUGGAGGAUUACCACAAGAUCAAAGAUUACCUUGGCCAUUUGGGGCACCAACCUGGUCCGGCCCCUACAGAGAUGCGCAAAGCUACAGCAACAGCCCUUCUAGGAGC